AUGAUGGAUGAGGAGGAUGGCAUGAGCGAGAGAGGCCUCGGCACCUCCAGAAUGAGAUAUGAUGACGAAGAAGCAGACUACCAUUCCAUCUACAUCGGGGUGCCAGCACCACGAAGCUACAGGAGAAAAAGACGGAGGAGGAGGUCUUCAUCCAGUCGAGACAGAAACGGUGAAACUGAAAGGCACUAUGAGAGGCAGGACCGAUCAGACACUGAUGAAGGAGGGAGGAUUAUCUAUGAGAAUGGAAAUGGCAGUGCCAGCAGGACCAUGUCUCCUGCUGCUGAGAGACUCCGUUAUAUCUUGGGUGAAGAUGACGACCUUCCUACCCCAACAUUGUUUACUGAGAUGGACACACUGCAGCACGAUGGAGAAGAAAUGGAGUGGAAAGAGUCCUCCAGGUGGAUUAAAUUUGAAGAGAAAGUGGAAGAAGGAGGAGAGAGAUGGAGCAAGCCUCAUGUGUCAACGUUAUCUUUACAUAGCCUGUUUGAGCUACGUACUUGCUUGCAGACGGGGACUGUGAUGCUCGACCUAGAUGGUUACUCCUUGCCCCAAAUCAUAGAUGAUAUCAUUGAAAAGCAAAUAGAAGAUGGCUUGCUAAAACCUGAACUACGGGAAAAAAUAAGUUAUGUACUCUUGAGAAAGCACCGUCACCAGACCAAGAAACCUAUUCACCGAUCAUUGGCAGAUAUUGGCAAAUCUGUCUCAAACACAAAUCGUAGCCCUAUCCGAAGUCCUGCUGCAGGGGCCAGCUUUCACCGGUCUACUGAAGAUCUCAGGAUGCGACAGAGUGCUAGUUAUGGACGAUUGCGCCAUGCCCAAAGCAGAAGCAUGAAUGACAUCACGGAUACUCCAAGCACAGAUCAGCUCAAAAAUAAAUUCAUAAAGAAGAUUCCCAAAGAUUCUGAAGCCUCUAAUGUACUAGUGGGAGAAGUGGACUUCCUGGACAAGCCAUUUGUGGCGUUUGUGCGACUCAUUCAGUCCACCAUGUUAGGUGGUGUAACAGAAGUGCCUGUCCCAACUAGAUUCCUGUUUAUCCUCCUGGGUCCUUCAGGAAAAUCAAAAUCCUACAAUGAAAUUGGUAGAGCCAUUGCCACCCUCAUGGUAGAUGAUCUGUUCAGUGAUGUUGCCUACAAAGCUAGAGACAGAGAUGAUCUGAUAGCGGGAAUUGAUGAGUUUUUGGAUGAGGUCAUUGUUCUUCCGCCAGGAGAAUGGGAUCCAAACAUCAGGAUAGAACCACCCAAGAAAAUCCCCUCUGCAGAGCAGAGAAAAUCUGUGUUUUCACUGAGUGAACCAGGGCAGAUGAAUGGCACGGCCGGCGGAGCAGGAGGAGGCAGUGGUGGAGGGGGAGGUGGCAGUGGCAGUGAAGAUGAAGAGAUGCCAGCUGUGCAUGAAAUCGGGGAAGAGCUAAUUUGGACUGGAAGGUUUUGUGGUGGCCUGUAUUUGGAUAUCAAGAGAAAGCUUCCUUGGUUUCCCAGUGAUUUCUAUGAGGCCUUUCAUAUCCAGUCUAUCUCUGCCAUCCUCUUCAUCUACCUUGGCUGCAUCACAAAUGCCAUCACAUUUGGUGGGUUGCUAGGAGAUGCUACAGAAAACUACCAGGGAGUCAUGGAGAGCUUCCUCGGGACAGCAAUGGCAGGUUCCGUCUUCUGUUUCUUUGCUGGACAGCCUCUCAUUAUUCUGAGCAGUACUGGGCCCAUCCUUAUCUUUGAAAAGCUGCUCUAUGAUUUCAGCAAGGGUAAUGACAUAGACUACAUGGAAUUCCGCCUCUGGAUUGGCUUGCACUCUGCUCUCCAGUGCCUUAUUCUGGUGGCUACGGAUGCCAGCUUCAUUAUAAAGUACAUCACACGCUUCACUGAAGAGGGGUUCUCCACUCUCAUUAGCUUCAUCUUCAUCUAUGAUGCCAUCAAGAAGAUGAUUGGAGCCUUUAGCUACUAUCCCAUCAAUUCGGAUUUCAAACCAGAUUACGUGACCAUGUAUAAGUGCGAAUGCAUUGCCCCAGACCCAGUGAAUACAACAUUGUUCAAUGCUUCAGUCCCAUUGAUACCAAACAACACUAACUUUUCUAUGUACAAUACUAUUAAUGUCACAGCUCUGGACUGGACCCAACUGAGCAAGAAGGAAUGUCUGAAGUAUGGUGGAAGUCUGGUGGGGAAAUCUUGUAAAUUCAUCCCUGACUUGGCCCUCAUGUCAUUCAUUCUCUUCUUUGGUACCUAUUCCAUGACUUUGACCCUGAAAAAAUUCAAGUUCAGUCGCUACUUUCCUACAAAGGUCAGGGCCCUGAUUGCUGAUUUUUCCAUUGUGUUCUCCAUCUUGUUCUUCUGUGGAAUAGAUGCCUGUUUUGGACUGGAUACUCCCAAGUUGCAUGUGCCCAGUAUAAUUAAGCCCACUCGUGUAGACCGAGGAUGGUUUGUGUUCCCAUUCGGUAAGAACCCCUGGUGGAUCUACUUGGCCAGUGCACUUCCAGCUCUUUUGGUCACCAUCCUGAUCUUCAUGGACCAGCAAAUUACAGCAGUUAUAGUGAACAGAAAGGAGCACAAGCUAAGGAAAGCAGCUGGCUAUCACCUGGACCUCUUCUGGGUAGGCAUUCUCAUGGCAGUGUGUUCAUUCAUGGGGCUGCCAUGGUACGUAGCAGCCACAGUCAUUUCCAUUGCCCACAUUGACAGCUUAAAGAUGGAGACAGAAACCAGUGCACCAGGAGAGCAGCCUCAGUUUCUGGGAGUGAGGGAGCAGAGAGUCACAGGGAUCAUGGUCUUUGUUCUGACUGGCAUAUCUGUCUUCCUAGCUCCUAUUCUAAAGUAUAUCCCGAUGCCCGUGCUAUAUGGAGUCUUUCUGUACAUGGGAGUGGCCUCACUCAAUGGUAUCCAGUUUUGGGAUCGAUGCAAGCUCUUCCUGAUGCCAGCCAAGCAUCAACCCGAUUAUGCUUACCUUCGGCAUGUGCCCUUACGGCGGAUCCACCUGUUUACUGUGGUUCAAAUCAUCUGCCUGGCUGUUCUCUGGAUCCUGAAAUCUACUGUAGCAGCCAUCAUCUUUCCUGUGAUGAUUUUAGCCUUGAUCUUAGUUCGGAAGAUGCUGGACUGUGUGUUUUCCCAACAUGACCUGGCCUGGAUUGAUAACAUCUUCCCUGAAAAGGAUAAGAAGAAGGAGGAUGACAAGAAGAAGAAGAAGAAGAGAGGCAACAAAGGCGAGGAGGACAGCAGUGAUGAGCCCAAGUUCCCAACUCCCUCUGUUAUAACGAUCCCAAUGGAACCUGUCCCAUCAGAACCCCAAAACAGUAUCCAUUGCAUUUCCAGACAUCUAUGUUUUCCUCUAGGAAAGAGGUCUUCAAGUUGGAGUUUUACGUUCUGA